GCAUUAUCUGUUCUGACUGAAGCGUCGUUUGGUGGGAGAUCGGGUUCGAUAGGUAUCCGGAAUCGGCGGCGACGGGAAUGGAGCCAAUGGCGCCAGGACCUCCUGCAACAACCAACUUGUUUCAACCUCCUCGCAGGCCAGGACUUGGUACAGUAGGGAAGCCAAUUCGUCUGUUGGCCAAUCAUUUUCAAGUUCAAAUCCCUAAAAUUGAUGUUUACCAUUAUGAAGUGGAUAUCAAACCAGAGAAACGUCCCCGCAGGGUCAACAGAGAAGUGGUCGAUACAAUGGUACGACACUUCAAGAUGCAAAUUUUUGGAGAUCGACAGCCAGGUUAUGAUGGGAAAAGGAAUAUGUACACUGCAAAUCCAUUACCUAUUGGGCGAGAGAGGGUUGACUUGGAAGUGACCCUCCCAGGGGAAGGCAAAGAUCAGACAUUCAAGGUUUCCAUACAAUGGGUGUCAGUGGUCAGUCUGCAGUUACUCUUAGAAGCUUUGGCAGGGCGUCUAAAUGAAGUUCCGGAGGAUUGUGUCCAGGCACUUGAUGUUGUCACAAGACAUCUUCCCUCAAUGAGGUAUACCCCAGUGGGUCGUUCCUUUUUCUCUCCUCCAGAGGGUUACUAUCACCCACUGGGAGGAGGUCGAGAAGUUUGGUUUGGUUUCCAUCAAUCUGUUCGACCAGCCAUGUGGAAUAUGAUGUUAAACAUUGAUGUGUCUGCGACAGCUUUUUACAGAGCUCAACCAGUCAUUGAGUUCAUGUGUGAGGUAUUAGACAUUCAGAAUAUCAAUGAGCAAAAUAAACCACUGACUGACUCUCAGCGUGUGAAAUUUACCAAAGAAAUAAGAGGUCUAAAAGUGGAGGUGACUCAUUGUGGACAGAUGAAAAGAAAGUAUAGAGUAUGUAAUGUCACCCGCCGGCCGGCCAGUCACCAGACGUUUCCUCUGCAGCUGGAGAAUGGGCAAGCAAUGGAAUGUACAGUGGCACAAUACUUCAAACAAAAAUACAACUUGCAACUUAAGUAUCCCCAUCUACCUUGUCUACAGGUGGGACAGGAGCAGAAGCACACCUAUCUGCCACUUGAGGUAUGUAACAUUGUAGCUGGGCAACGUUGUAUCAAGAAACUAACAGACAAUCAGACAUCAACAAUGAUCAAAGCAACAGCACGAUCAGCGCCCGACCGACAAGAGGAGAUUAGUCGUCUGGUGAAGAGUAACAGUAUGAUUGGCGGGCCAGAUCCAUAUCUAAAGGAGUUUGGUAUUGUCGUUCAUAAUGAAAUGACUGAGGUGACAGGUCGUGUGCUGCCUGCACCGAUGCUCCAGUAUGGAGGCAGGGUAAGUCUGAUGUUGGACGGAAGCAGCUGGAAUUGUGAAUGCACAGGACUUGAAAAUAAGACUGUUGCUACCCCAAACCAGGGGGUAUGGGACAUGAGAGGCAAACAGUUCUAUGCUGGCAUUGAGAUUAAAGUCUGGGCAGUUGCCUGCUUUGCACCACAGAAACAGUGCCGGGAGGAAGUUCUAAAGAAUUUUACUGAUCAACUACGUAAAAUUUCCAAAGAUGCUGGAAUGCCUAUUCAGGGUCAGCCAUGUUUCUGUAAAUAUGCACAAGGUGCAGACAGUGUAGAACCGAUGUUUAAGCACUUGAAGAUGACUUAUGUUGGUCUGCAAUUGAUUGUAGUCAUCCUCCCCGGGAAGACUCCUGUUUAUGCUGAAGUAAAACGUGUGGGAGACACGUUGUUGGGAAUGGCCACGCAGUGUGUUCAGGUGAAGAAUGUAGUCAAAACAUCCCCCCAGACAUUAUCAAAUCUUUGCUUGAAGAUUAAUGCAAAACUUGGUGGAAUAAAUAAUGUCCUCGUACCUCACCAGCGACCAUCUGUAUUCCAGCAACCAGUCAUCUUCUUGGGAGCUGAUGUCACACACCCACCAGCUGGAGAUGGCAAGAAACCCUCAAUUGCUGCAGUGGUUGGUAGUAUGGAUGGACAUCCCAGUCGAUACUGUGCAACAGUGCGUGUGCAGACAUCAAGGCAAGAAACAUCUCAGGACCUUCUCUUCAGUCAAGAAGUAAUCCAGGAUCUGUCCAACAUGGUGCGUGAGCUUCUAAUUCAGUUUUACAAGUCAACUCGCUUCAAGCCUACACGUAUCAUCUACUACAGGGGUGGAGUAUCUGAAGGACAAAUGAAACAGGUUGCCUGGCCUGAGCUUAUUGCUAUUCGAAAAGCCUGUAUUAGUUUAGAGGAAGACUACAGACCUGGCAUAACGUACCUUGUUGUUCAAAAACGACACCAUACUCGACUAUUCUGUGCUGACAGAAGUGAAAGGGUGGGUAAAAGUGGCAAUGUCCCUGCUGGUACAACUGUGGAUAGCACCAUCACCCAUCCUUCUGAAUUUGAUUUCUACCUUUGUAGUCAUGCAGGAAUUCAGGGUACCAGUCGUCCUUCGCACUAUCAUGUCCUGUGGGAUGACAACUGCUUUUCAGCGGAUGAACUGCAGCUUUUGACGUAUCAACUAUGUCAUACAUAUGUACGUUGCACACGCUCUGUUUCAAUCCCUGCACCAGCAUAUUAUGCCAGACUGGUUGCAUUUAGAGCAAGAUACCAUCUUGUCGAUAAGGAUCAUGACAGUGCUGAAGGAAGCCACAUCUCUGGACAGAGCAAUGGUCGGGAUCCACUGGCACUUGCCAAGGCUGUACAGGUCCACCAUGAUACCCAGCAUACAAUGUACUUUGCAUAAAACCUGCUGAAGUUUCCAGCCAUUUCCAGCAUAUUGUGCUGUUCUGAAACGUCCUUAGUGCUUUUUUUAUAUAAACUUGUAAGGGCCAAGCAGGUUUCAGACAGCAAUCUACCAGCGAAAAAGAUGCAAUGCACUGAAUGACUCAUUUAAAUAAUUAGUAUUUAAAUGCACAGAGAAAUGAGCCAUUGUUCUUCAUAAUCUAUCAGAAGCACUAUACAAGGACAACUGUGGUGGUUUUUUUUCCCCACCAUAAUGAUUUUAUAUUUUUUACCUCAAGGCUAGAAGGCUGAACAUCAUAGGGGAAAAUUGCAUGAAUGACUUUGAUUGUUACUACAUUCAGUAGCAAGAUUUGAUAUUGUGUGUUUUCUUUCUCUGUUUAUACGAGGUAACACUGUUGUAAAACUCCUAUCUAUUUUUAAUCUUUUACAAAAGGACUCUAUGUGUUUUUGUGUGUGUAUCUGUGUGUGUGUAUAUAAGUGUGUGAGAGCAAGAGAAAGAGAGAGAGAGAGAUGGGCAUUAGGGAUUCUUUAUAGCUAGUUCAAGUCUCUCAAUUGUGCAACAGUUUCGAAGGGAAUCCUUGAAACUGUACAACUAUAAAGGUGCAAAGUGUUUCCAAACUAUACAAGUACAGGCAACCAGCAUUAUGCACUCAUAAUUGCAAAGUUGUUCUUAUGGUCCAUCUUUGCAAGGCUUAAGUUCUUGUGAUUUGGCUUGUUCAGAGAUCGGGCUGUUACCCAUAUGGUUGAGGUUUGUGGUAGAAUAUAAAAGGAAGUUUAAGUGUAAAUAAAUCCAAUAUUUAUCAUUAAAUAAAUUAUUUUAGACCCUGUGGUUCUGAAAUGUUUUGGUACCAGCAUUGAAAAAAUCCUCCCAAUAUGUAAAAUAUCAGAUGUACCAGUCCUAUUAAUGGGUGUCCUACAUCAUUGCCUCAAUCCAUUUGGUGAUCUUUUCAUUGUUUGAUUUCUUUUGAUGCAUAAUGGCCAUCAGUGUGGUCUGACCCCAGUUGCUGUGAACUACCCAACCACAACAUAUUUCCCAUAUUUAUUUAAUGACAGGUCAGUCAUGAACAGAUUGUCAGUCAUCUUGGCAGCCCCUUUUGCCACUGAUAAACUCCAUUCCUUGUACUAGUGAAUUUAAUUUGUUUUUAAAUAGGAAUUUUGCACUACAAGCUUAAUCUUUGUGAUUUUUACCUUAAACCUUGAUUGUAGCUGAACUUAGUACAAUUCUUUCAUAUGCAAUUGAUGGACAAAGUUCCUCAUUAGAAUUACAUUUGACACAAGUAAGUUAGUAAUUAGGAAAAGAUGCUCAAUAGAAUAAUAUAUAUGCUGUGGAGUGUACUGUACUUGCAUAUUUUGAAAGAAAACAAUCCUUUAAUUUUUUAUGCAACAUUUUAAAUUGUACUCGUCAGGUUUUUUUUGCUGUUGUUCAUCAGCAUCAGAAGCUUCUAAGCAUUGAUAGUUUGCUGUAAGUUUUCAGUGGAGUAACAUCUAGAUACCUACUUGAUUGAUUAUUGCAGAAACCAGUAUGGUGCUUGAAAAAUACUUGACUGUAUUUAUAUUGAGGCUUUUGCCAGCUGGACUGUCCAUGAUCACUUUAUAGCUUAGGGAAGAAAGAUAUGGUCAGCUGUACUCAGAAGAAGACCAAAACUGUGGUUAUAAUACUACAGUUCACUCUUGGAAGAGAUAUUUUAAUUUGUAAUUGCAGUGGUCUUUUUUAUUUGAAGUUGAGCAUACUUUUUGCAUUUGAAGUUUUGUGCAAUAUAUGUUUAAAAACCUUCAACUGCAAGGCACAGGCAAAGGCUGUAGAAAAGGGUUUUGUUGGCUAAGCAUAUGGGCAAUUAAAAAGCAGUAAUUUAAAAUUUCCAGUUUGGUUCUCAAGGAUCUUGGUAAGGGAUAUUGAUUUAUUAUGUGGUUCCACAUCCUCGUAUGCAGUUUUUCAUGGGUUGUGACCUUUGUCUUUUUGUAGCAUAGGAAUGUUUUGUUUUCUAAGCAAGCAAAGCAGCAUUUUCCUAAACUAGCUUAUAAGACUGCAUCAGGAGAGUAAAUCUUGGUUUUAUUCAUUCAAUCAUGACACAAAAAAAUUAUACAGCUCCAUACAAUUUUUAAAAGCUAGCUUUUCAUUUAGUUUAUUUCAGCAUUCCAUCGAUGAAGGUACUAAUAAGGAAUCUUAAUCUUGAAAUAUUUUUGUUGGGCUACUUCUGAUGCAACAGUUGAUUGUUAUUUUUAAAAAAGACAAUGUAUGGUUUAUCUGAUCUUCGGAUGAAUCCUUUUGUAACAACAGUCAAAAUAAUUUAUCAAAUAAUGUCCUUUCCCUUAACACUUAAAAUUAUUUUUUGACACUUGAAAUGACUGUAUACAACUGUUUAACUCAGUGACCUGUUGUAUUUUUAUUACCGUAUCUGUCUGACAUUACAUUCAAACUUUAUCAUUUUUCAAAUGGCAAAAUAUAAUUUUAGUUUCUAAAUUGGGAUUUUGCUGACAGUUGUAUCCAACUAGAAACAAGAUUUUUGACUUGUCUAUGGAAACUUUAUAAUACACUUUGCAGUAUGUGUUGCUGAGGAAAUGGUUAUAUAUUCAACAAACUUCUAAAGGGAUACUGGGGUUAUAACAAUGGCAGUAAUUUGAGCAGUAAGGAGGCCAUGUUACUUAUCGCUUGACUGAACUUGCACUUUUUAAUAAAUUGUGUUUUUCAACUUUUUUGGAUUAUACCAUUGAUACAACUACAGUAUAGUUUACAGUAUUCCAGUCUAUAGAAAGUUUUUUUAAAAUUAAGUUGAAGUACAUCUUCUGUCUUCAACACUUUUUCAGUCUUAAUGCAGUGAAUUUUUACCAGCAGACUGAUGCUUUAUGGUAUUCAGCCACCAGUAUUUUGUAGCCAAUUUUCCAAACUAGCUUUCGUAUUGUGAAAUGCCUCUACUUUCCAGAAUAGACUGCUUGAACUAGACGUUGCCUAGGAAAAUAGAGGAUAGAGAUCGUAAAAACAAUAAUUUUAAAGAACAUAAAUAUCAGUAAUUUUCAGAAUUCAUCUUUGAAAUGGCUCUCCAUAAAAAUGCCACUUCCUGUUUCCUAAAUACAGGAGACAACCAUCAGGUCUUAAGACUGUGUAGAGAGGCAAGUUUUACUGAGGGUGUAUUUAUACUUCAGUCAAUAUCAGUUGUAUUAAAUUUCUAUGAUAUUGGAUCCAUGUCUUCAAAAGAACACCAGAAUAGUUUUGCAAAUAUAAAAUGCAGACUGCUGGGACUUCAAUGUAUUGCAGUAUUCUAUUUCUAUUUGUUUACUCUUAGAUAGUCAAAUGACCAUCUAAAUUUCAAUAACCGUCGUAAGAUUGAUCCGAGGCAGAAGUUGUAAUUAAGAAUGAGAGUAAUUGACAUUUAUUUUUACAUUUUUUAAUUUGUAAGGAUAUGGUAAAUGCUGCUCAAGUUAUGAGUGUGCCUGUUUUAAUCUGGUUUUUAUUUCCUGCAUGCAGAAUUUAAAUACCAGGAUGCAGUCAAAUAAUAUAAACUUUUGACUGUAUUCCAUAAAUACAAAAUCAAUUUCAAUUUUUUUGGGGGGGAGGAGGGUGGAUAUGAAUUUGUAGCUUUAUGACUGGAACCACAAGAUGAUUUUUGAAGUUAUAAAUGGUCUAUAACAAUAUUUCCCACCAGCUAAAAUCAUUGUAUUUGAAAAUUUGUAUAAAGACUGGAAGUUUAUUUCAUAAUAAAAUUAUGUUUCUCUGCUCAUAACUGAGAAGCAUGAGUGUACCUGCUGAAAAAUGAAUAUCUAAUGGUGCAAUCUAGAAAUCAAACUGAUUAAAACAGUUACUGAGAAAGUGUAACAGUUUGGUGAUCCAUUGUUAACUUCACAAGUCUGAUACCUAUCUGCAGUUUGACUGAAUAAUUUUACUAAAACAUGGAAUUUUACCAAUUUCAAGUUGGUGUGCUAAAUUGUGGUGCAGUGAAUAAAAAUGUUUGCAAUUUGUUUAGAAACAAAAAGUAGACAUAAGUAUUAAUGUCAUUCUUUGCAUUGACCAUAUUCAUACGUACAUAUAAUGCACAUUGGAUGAAAAAAAAUGUUAAUGUGCAGAAGGCACUAUUCAAUUAUUAUGCCUGCACUAUUUACAGACAGCUGUCGUUCUACUCUAUACUUCUGCAUUGUCCCACGCUAUUUUGACAUUUGUUACGGUCUCCCUGUUUUUUUAUAAAUGUUUCUUCCAACGCGCCAUUUUGUUGUAAAUUUAAACCAUUACCAUCUUGCCGACUAUGGCUUUUGAUCAAAGUGUUUAUUUAUUCAUAUGACAUAACAAAAAUCCUUCUGAUUUAUAUUCAUUCAAGGCAUUCAUUUGAUUCUGUUGUCCUCUUUGUCCCAUUUCUGAUUUUUUUUUACUAUAAAUAAUUUGAAUAAUCCAUGCAGUCAGUUCAUCCUUCUGCCUUGAAACAAGCAUAUUGCUUCUAAUAUACAAAAAAAAAGCUACCUUAAAAUAAACACAAUGUUGAAAAUAUUCAGCAGAUCAUACAGAGAGAGCUGGUGUUGGUGUUUCAGGUCAAUGGUCUUUUUUUCUGCUGAGUAUUUCCAGCGAUUUCUAUUUUUGUUACGGAUUUCCAGCAUGGUUUCAAUCCUGUUAUGCCAGAUUUAGAUUUGUGAUUUAGUGAAGCAUUAAGUAUUUAUUGAUUUAAAUAAUUACAUUAAGAUCUAGCCAUAAAUUUGCACACAUGUCCAUUUAUGGCGUCAUUGUUGAAAGUCCCAGUUAAUUACAAUUUACUUGAUUUUUAUUCCAGUUUUCAAGAGUUUUUAUUCCUUCCACUACUCCAAUUAUAAAAAUGAAUGGUAUAUCAAGUAGAGUUGGUGAUUCACCUCUAGCAGCCCAAUUUCCAUCCUGAUUCCCACUGCUAUCUGUGCAGCAUAUACAUGCUCUUCCUAUUAUGACAUGGCUUCUCCAGGUAUUCCAGCUUCCCCUCAUGUCUCUAAAGAUAUGUUAGUUGCUAGAUUAAUUGUCUACCCUAAGUAUAGCUGGGUAGAAGACAAUCAGAAAAGUGGUAGUAGGAGAACCAGAGGGGUGGGGUGAAGGGCAUGCAGGAGAGAACGGGUAACAGGGAUAUAACUGGGGGACUGGGAUUGGUGGGAUUGCUCAGAUAGCUCACCUAGAUUCAAUGGGCAGCAUAGCUUCCUACAAAAUAAGGAAAUAUAGUAUAACAACAGUUUGCAUCACAAUGAGUAUUAAUUAUUUUUUGUGCCAUAUUUUGCAUUAGAUGACAGGAAAAUAGAGAGAUUGGCUGUGAGUAGGGAUGAACCACCUUGAUGAUCGGUAGGUUCAGCAGCUCCAGACUGGAUGCUGGUACUUUAAGCAUGGCUACAGGACCAUAGAUCACUCUACGUUAUUAGCCAAUGAUACCCAGAGGCAGACUGUCCUUCAGGAAUCAGUGUAUUUAAUCAUCAAUGGAAUUCAGUACCUGGAAAAUUAUUUUAAGGUGUGGAAGCUGCAUAUUCUUUGCAAUACUUAAGUGGAAGGCUAACAAAUCAAUUUUAAGUACAUCAUGAGCCCUAAUUUUUCCAGUUUCCAAUUGCUAUGAGUAUUGUUGAGAAUAGAAAGCAUCAAUAAAGAAUAUCAUGAGUGAAUUACUUAUUACCAAUUAUAGUAGUUUUAUUGCAGUUUUCAUCUUGUUAACCUGCCCAGAAGGAUUAUCAUUCUGAAAUUCUCUCGUACUGUUUUGUUUUCCUUUCUAAAUUGGCUCUUGUCAUCUAUCAGUGAUAGAUUUCUUAAUGAAUGCACCACCGUAAAAUUUUAUAAAUGCCCUAAUGUAUGUUGUCAUUUUAAAAUUGAUCAUUGCAUGUUUUGUGAUAUACAUUCAUAAUGUUUUCGGAUAAUGAUUUUUAUAUGAGGUGAAGUUGAGAGGGUUUGGGUUUUGCAGAAAAAAAAACUGGAGUCUAGAAUUUGUAAGUAAUAUUGUAAAUUAGCCUGGUAAUCAUGCAUUUAAUGCCCUAGCCCUUGCUGUUUGAAAAUACUUUGAAGGUAUUUCAUGCUGCAUAGUUCUGCUGUAAACAAUUUUUGUGUAAUUCAUUGGGAAAGCUGUUGAUAAGAUGUAUGCAUUCUUCAAUGAAGUUGGAAAAGCUUUUCUUUUUGUUUACAUGUUUAGAUAAGUGCUGUUUUGAUUAUUUUAUUGAUUUUGUGUCUACCAAUACGAGGUACUCUCUUGAACUGUAGGAAUGGAAACUGUGUGGUAACCUCUAAUGGUAAAAGAAGUUGGCUGAUUGAAUUGCAAGUCUAUUGCAAUAUGACUUUUAGUCUGCAGGGACAAUUUGUGUUCACAUGACAAUAAAAAGUGGUAUUUUUAUGCCGAAACUUGUAAA